CAAACCCAACGGUCAUACUUCCAAAGUGUGGGGAUAGUGUGGGUCCUCCUUCCAUCCCAUCCAUUCAUACCGACAUCCUUCCUCUCCAACCAGCAAAAAAAAUAAAAUCAAGUUCGCAAAUGAGAUAAUUAGACAUCUAUGUAGUUAUCAACAAUCAAACAAUUUUACGACACGACAUAUACAUCCAACCCUUCCAACUAAGCCCUAGGUCCAGGAAUCUAAGACAAACCACACGCCCCGCCAAGCCCACCCUCCGCUUUUCCAAAAAGCUUAGCACUGACGCAGGGCCUGCCCUGCCCUGCCCUCGCAUCGCCGAAAAAAAAAGUUUCGAGUACAACUACCUACCACCACAUAAACACAACACCACCAACAACGAAACGGCACAGUGAAAAGCAAAGAUGCCACACAAACACAAGCGCAAAGCAAUCGAUCGCGAUGAGUCGCACUACGAACUCCCCCCCACAACCCGCGCAACAUCCCUCCCAGUCUCCAACACGCAAAACGCACGCAGCGCGAAGAAGCGAAAAACAGCAAAGACGAUCCCCGGGUACGGCAAGGACGACACGCCCAAAGCCUUCUCCCGGCUCCUCGAGCUCAAGAAGACCGGUCGACACCGCAACGGGCUCGACGACGGAAUCGCUCCGCCUAAGAAGAAGAAGGGCGCGAAACCCCCCCAGAAACCCUCCAAAGACGACGAAGAUGAGGAGGCUGUGACAAAGGAAACGGAUACGACGACGAACAGCGAGACGCAACCCCCCCAGCAACUAAAGAUCCUCCCCGGCGAGCGGCUCUCCGAGUUCUCGUCGCGCGUCAACCAAGCGCUCCCCUUAGCCGGGCUGCAGAAGACGGGGAAGAAGAUCGCGGGCGUGAAGGACCACCGCGUCACGAAGCACGAGAAGAAGCUUAAGCGGCUGCAGGCCGGGUGGCGGAAGGAGGAGGAGCGGAUUCGCGACAAAGAACAAGAGGAGAAGGAGCUUGCGGAGGAGGAGAGGGAUGAGUAUGAGGCCCUUUGGGGAGAAGAGGAGGCGGCGGCGGGGGUGAGUGGGAAGGGGAAGAAGGGGAAGAAGAAGGGGAGGAAGUUGGUGGUCGGGGAGGUGGAUAGCAAGGAGGAGGAUCUUUGGGAUGCGUUGCAGAGAAGGGGAAAGCAGAAGACGGGACUGCAUGAUGUUGUGCAGGCGCCGCCGGAGAUUACGAGGGUGCCAAGGGAGAUUUUUAAGGUCAGGGAUGGGGCGACGGUGAGUGUGGGGAAUGUGCCGAAUAAGGCGGGGAGUUUGAGGAAGAGGGAGGAGUUGGGGGUCGAGAGGUUGACGAUUAUUGAUACGUAUAGAAGGUUGAUGGAGGCGAAGAGGAAGGGGGAGUGAUGGGGGUUGUUCGUGGAUGGAUGUGAUACCUGUAGAUGAAUCGUACUUGUUUGUGAUAUCAAUCCAUCGUUGAAUGAACUAGCUGGCCAUGCUUAAGACGGCAAUCGAUCAUUUC